GAGACAGUGGGAGAGGGAGAGGGAGAGGGAGAGGGAGGAGUCUGAGUGUAUCCCACAGCAGCAGUACUCAGAGGCUGAAGCAGAGCAGCAGGUUCUGUCAUCUAUCAGGCAAUAUUCUGCAGGUUACGGGCUCCCUUGUGGUCCUGCUGACUUCAAUAGGAAACCCUUAAACACAACUUCUUCAUCAGCAGCAGCCUCCCUUAUCCUGCUGGCCCUCUCAAACUGGACCUCUCUUGAGGAGGGAGAAGAACCAUCUUCAUUAUUGUUUUGAAAAUAUAAAUCUCUUGUACAAUCGGGAAAGACAUGCAGACAUGAAUCUAGCAGAGUUUGACAACGUGACUCUGAGGGACAACACUACCAACUGUCUGUCUAUCGAUGACUUCCGUAACCAGGUGUACUCUACGGUGUACUCUAUCAUCACGGUGUUCGGCCUGGCCGGUAAUGGUUUCGCCUUGUUGGUUCUGGUUAAAACGUUCCGUCAGCGUUCUGCGUUCCACAUCUACAUGUUGAACCUGGCCGUGUCCGACCUGCUGUGUGUCUCCACGCUACCGCUACGGGUCCUCUACUACGUUAAUAAGGGUCAGUGGAACCUGGGAGACUUCCUGUGCAGGGUUUCGUCCUAUGCCCUCUACGUGAACCUCUACUGCAGCGUGUUCUUCAUGACCGCCAUGUCCGUCACACGCUUCCUCGCCAUCGUGUUUCCCGUGCAGAACCUGCGCCUGGUCUCAGAGCGUCGCGCCCGUCUGGUGUGUGUCUGUAUCUGGGUGUUCAUCUGCACUGUCUCCUCCCCCUUCCUCAUGACUGGUCAGCACCUCGACCCAGCCACCAAUAAGACCAAGUGCUUCGAGCCUCCAGAGCGCAGAACAGGGGGCGGGCUUAGCAAGCUCAUCAUGCUCAACUACUUCUCAUUGGUCGUGGGCUUCGUGCUCCCUUUCUUGGUCAUCCUGCUGUGCUAUGCCGGGAUUAUCCGGGCUCUGCUGUCACGGCAACACACUGCGCAGCGCCAGAAGGGGGUGGGGUCUAAGGCUAUCAGAAUGAUUGUAAUAGUGAUGCUAGCAUUCCUGCUGUGCUUCAUGCCGUACCACGUCCAACGCUCCGUCCACCUCAGCUUCCUGUCCCAGACUGCCACCUCCUGUUCGGAGCUGGUGUACAUGCAGAAGAGUGUGGUGGUGACACUCUGUCUGGCUGCCUCCAACUCCUGCUUCGACCCCUUGCUCUACUUCUUCUCUGGAGAGGGCUUCAGACGACGUCUGUCAACCUUCAGGUCCACUAGAAGGACACAGAGACAACCGGCCACAGAGACAGGGGCACAGCCACCGUUAGGGAGGGGAACACGCUUUGAGUGAGUGAGUGAGUGAGUGAGUGAGUGAGUGAGUGAGUGAGUGAGUGAGUGAGUGAGUGAGUGAGAGGGGCACACGAGCCUAAGAUCACGAUGCACAAUGUCAAGCUCUGUUUUCCAUGGUUUGGGCUAUGCCCCUUAGUUCUAGUAAAGGGAAAUCUUAACGCUACAACAUACAAUGACAUUCUAGACAAUUCUGUAGUUCCAACUUUGUGGCAACAGUUUGGGGAAGGCCUUUUCCUGUUUCAGCAUGACAAUGCCCCUAUGCACAAUACAUAUGGAGUUGGUACCCCUUUGCUGCAAUAUUGACCUCAACUCUUCUGGGAAAUCUUUCCACUAGAACAUUGCUUGCUUGCUUUCAUUCAGCCACAAGAGCAUUAGUGAGGUUUGGCACUGAUGUUGGGCUAUUAGGCCUGGCUCGCUGUCGGCAUUCUAAUUCAUCCCAAAGAUGUUCGAUGGGGUUGAGG